UUGUUUGUAAAAAGUAAAAUCUAAAUUAUUCUAAACUAAACACAACGGCAAUAUUCUGCGUUUUUCUAAGAAAUUAAACACCAAGCAAGAGUAAAAUAAGCAGAAGCCAAUAUAACAAAAUAAGCACUCUUUAAGUGACUUAUAGAUUAGAGUAGUAAUUAAAUAUUAAGUGAAUUAUGGUAUAGAUAAUUAUUGCGGUGCUAUUCAGUUUAACAAAAUAUCAUUAACCUUUCCUACUAAAAUAUGUAUUUCUUACAUUAUAUGUGGUUAUUUAUGGCAUUCGUAGUGUGGCCUUAUACAGAAGCUGAAGUUGGUGAAAUAGAUCUGAAUGAUUUAUCAGAGCAACAAAAUUCGGUGCAGAUAAACAAAUGCUGUGAAGAAAAUCAAGUUAUGAUAGAUCGUGUAUGUCGACUUGCAGAAUUAUACAAUGAAAGUGUAUGGAUACCUCAAUUUUAUGCAGAAGAUGGCAACAAAGUUAAGGUGAAGUACUUUAGAUACAUACUGGGUGUUCCGAACUGUGCAACAACGGAACAACGACCCAUUUAUGAUUUGGGAAAUUCAGAAGAUAAAUUAAAUCUCUUAUCUGAUGGUCAACUAAAACAUGUAAUUCAUCAUGAAAUGUAUAGGGAUGCCAUGACAGGCGACCCACUUUUAACUAAUUCAUAUGGUUUACAUGAUGUUAUCACUAUACCUGAGAUCAGAGAACCUUCAUUCUAUAUUCAUAGCCAGAAUAAAUAUUGCAUGGAUAAGAUUUUAAUGACAAGCUCAAACAAAACAGGACAAUAUGCAUUAGUGUGUAUACCGGAGGUGAAAAUAAACUGGAGGGAUACUGGGUUCCUAAUGAAAAAAGUAUUAAAUCCAAUAUUUCAUGCUAUAGCUAUGAUUUUGUUUCUAUCUGUAGCUAUUAUAUACUUUAUUUUACCAACUUUGAGAGAUCUAGCUGGUAAUAUUAUAACAACUAUAAAUGUCUGCUUGAUUGUGAGUCAGGCCGCUGGUUUGGUGAGAAUAUUCACUGAAUUCAGUAACCAUGUUAGUUUUAUGAUAACAGAUAUCAUCUUAUAUAUCAGUUUAUUAGGAGCUUUCUUUUGGCUCAACAGUUUUGGAUUUUACAUAUGGAAAACUUUCAAGUCACGGAAUGUGUUUCUACGAGUGACAGAUGUUCGCAAAUACUGUUACUACUCCAGCGUGGUGUGGUCCUGUGUGGUGUUGAUGGCUUCAAUGGCGAUUUGUGCACAUUUUUUGCUCGACACCGGAACAACCACAUACAGAAAAAUGAAACAAUUCUCUUCAUCGAUACUCCUAGAUGAUGUAGAACAGGAGACAAUAGGAUGGCUUGGUAUUGCAAUAUUUUUUACACCAAUCGCAUUCACAUUUAUUAUCAAUCUAUUUUUCUACAUCACCACGCUAAAAGUAAUAAAGAGAAUAAACAUCUAUGGAAGAAUUCACUACAAACUGAAAGGAUGCUUCGACCUGUUCAUGCAGAUGUUCCUCAUCAUGACUCUGACAUGGUUAUUCCUGCUUCUGUCAUGGCUCAACUUUGACGGGCUACUGUACGCGUACGUUGUCGUGAACCUACUCCAAGCCAUCCUCAUAUUCUACGUCUGCAUCAUCAGGCAGUCGCACGUCGUAUUUCUUUUGAGAAAGAGCUGCUGCUAUGCCGAACCCUUGCCUACUGGUGAGUGGGGAGACGAAAUGACGCACAUGAAUGGAGGGAAUAAUUACGGUUACUAAACAAAAUCAAUUUUAUAUGAUAAUCUCAAAGUUGCACACAAUUUCAAAGUGAUUGUACUGCUAAUUUUAUAUAUUAUAUUUUAUAGAAAUAAGAGAUAAUGAAUUCAGAACUCGGCCGGCAAGUAUUGCUAACGGUACUUAUUGUGUUAACGCUUCUGUCGGGAACUGACGUCACUAUAAUGGCGGCCGCGCAUAUUAGUAAUUCGCGAGGGAAUUACAAUUAUGUAUGACUAGCUGACCCGGCAAACGUUGUUUUGCCAUAUAAAUUAUUUUUAGAGUUUGGACAUUGCUUUAUUUUUCUAAAAUAAACGUAGCCUAAGUUACUCCUUAUUACAUCAGCUACCUGCCAAUAAAAGUAGAUUACUAGAUUAGCCGGAACAAACAGACAGACACACAAAAAUUGUAAAAAAUGUUAUUUUGGUGUAUAUACCGUGUAUGUAUUCAUAAUAUACAUUUAGUAAAAAACGAACAAAUUUCAAAAUUACAAACAGACACUCCAAUUUUAUUUAAAUGUAUAGAUAAUUCACACAAUAUUUUUAUAAAUUAUAGCCUAUAUGUUAUUCUGGUGUGUAAGCUAUAUUAUUGCAAAGUUUCAUCAAAAUCCAUUCAGUAGUGUUUGCGUUAAAGAAGUUCAAACAUACAUCCAGACAUACAAACUUUCACAUUUAUAAUAUUUAUGAAUGAUUCCAAGUUGAAAUUAGAUAAAUAUUGUAGUUAUAUGUACACGUACAAAUUAGCUCGAAUUGCGAAAAAUCUCUAUUAAUAAUAGUUCUAGCAUUAAUAAUGUACUCUAUCUACACAAAUAUUAAUAUAAGCGUCUUAAAGAAUGUGAUUUGUUGAACAUAUUAUAAUUAUCGAAAUUUGUGCCUUAACAAAUACGCUAUACAGUAUUUUUAUGGCAAUAAUCGGAUGUGCGAGUUGUAAGUAUUGUAAACUAGGUUAGACUAGGCUAUAGAUAUGAGAAAUUAACUGGGCAGCUAUGAUAGAUCCUUGUAUACAAGACUUAUUUAAGAGAGUUUUAUUAAUUUUUAAGCUUACACAAAAAUCUGUUAUAAUGCCUGUAAAAUCGGCUGCGCUUUUUUUAACAAAGAAUGUUAGCAAAACAGUCCAUCCGCUGCAUCUGUUUUUGCUUAUGUUUUUUGUUUCGCUUCAAAAAUGAUUUCCAAUGAAGAGCAUCCAGCUUUUUGUAUCCAUUUUUAUAAUCUACCAAUGUAAAAUCCCAAAGACCGGUAUUUUCUUUCUUUUAUUCCACUCCUUCACAAACUAGAAUUAUCGCUGGCUACGAAUGAUAAGUACAUCUUCAUUCAGUGAACGCUAACAAAUUAUGCGUUAAUUUCCCUCCCCGCAGGCGAACCCAGGUGAUGUUAUCCAUUUCUCGCGGUAAACAUGUUAAGAUGUUUUAUUAACAAAACUGUUAAGCCACGCCCAUAAUCUGUUUAUACAAACAUGUUUUUGUGUUAACAAAUACGAAUGCAUGAAAGCAUAAUAACAACAGCACACGAGACAUUCCAUCUGUGUCUUGAUAACGGGCGCAGAGUUACGUUAUUGGGUCGUAUCGCGUUAUAUUCAUACCAUACUGUUAUAUAGUAAUUAUAUUAAACAUGUAUUCGUUCCGUCAGUCAUUCCCAUAUAAGUUAUUAUAAAUACGUUUUGAAUGGU